AUGCUAUUUGCAUAUAAUACGUGUAAAUAUGAGAUACAGAUUGGUUCAAAAAAAGUACGAUGUUUGGAUAAGGAAAGAGAUGUAAAUUGUUUAACUCAUGUAGAUCCUACAGAUUUUAUUCUAUCAGGUGAUGUGGAUAGUUGUUCGGUGACCAGUUUAAUAUUCAAUUUUACAUUAUCAUCAAAAAUGUUUACAUUUUUAAAUAAUACAUCUGCAGCAAAUAGAACAAAAUUAGGUAAUUUAUUUAAAAAUGGAACGGGACAAAAUAAACUAGAACUUUUAGUGUAUAAACAAGAUGAAACACGAAUGAUACUGGGUUUGAAUUUAGACAAUUUAAUAUCAUUAAAAUUUAUUGAUGAUUUGACCAUUUAUAUUCGACGACUGGAUAAUGUUUCUACAAAUGUUUUACAUUUAAAUGAUGAAUUUUUUAAUCUUUAUCUAAAUUUGCCGCGAAAUAUUACCAUCUAUUAUUAUUGUAGUAAAAUACAAUCAACUGCUAUAGUGUAUGGAAAACAUCUAUCAGUAACAGAUGUAGUAAAAAUUUGUAAUAAUGUUUACUAUCGUUCAACACCAAUUGAAUGUCAAUUUAAAGUUGAUAGUUCGACAUGUACAACUAUAGAUAAUUUAAUUGAUUGUUCAAAAAUAAAAGAUCCAAAAGAAAUUAAAGUUGUCGUUAAAAAUGGAACAAUUAUCGAAAAUAAAACGUGUCAUGUUCGAUCAUUAACAUUAGCAUUUUCAACAUUAAAAACAUAUACUGAAUUUUUAAAUCUAAUUCCUGAUAUCGAGACACCAACAAGUAUCAUCUUAAACACUCUCUAUCUUGAUUAUAUUAAUGACUAUCAAUUAGAUGAAAAAUUAGUAAUGCAAGAAAAAACAUUACAUGUAAAAAUUGAUCAAUUAAAUCAAAAUGAAUUCAUUCUUGAAACUUCUGAUUUAUUUGGAGGUGGUGUUAUACAACCAUUAGAAUUUUUCAUUGAAUUCAUAGAUAAGAAAGAUCCACCUUCUAAAAUUAUUAUCAAUGAAACCAUUAUGAAAUUAUUGGCAAAACUCAAAAUUAUGGCACCAUGUGACAGGUGA